GAGAGGAGCACAUAUUUCCAUGUGUAAACAAUGUCUUGCAAUACAAAGAUUUUGCCAGCAGAUGUCAGUGUUAGAAUACAUCUGGUAAAUACUUAUCAGCAGAUGACCAUUAUAGUGCUGUAGGAGUAGGGGUGGGAAUUGCCACAGAGGCAACGAUAUGAUACUACCACGAUAUUUUGGCCACGAUACUAUGUUAUUGAAAAUCUUCACAUUUUAUGAUACAGCAAAUAUUGUUAUUUGAUUUGGCCAUAUAUUGCUUUUUAUUUAUCCCAAGUAUUACGUUUUGUAUACUAGCAGUGUCUGCAGUCAUCUGGUAAAUGUACUCGACUCUGAUUUUCUUACCUCUUUUUGCUGUGACACAAGAAGAAUGAGAUAUUAUGUCAUCUUCGGGACUUCAGAAGCAAUGUUAUCAAAGUAGAUGUAUGUACCAAAAUACAAUUUAAAUUAUAAUAUUAAUUGAAUAAAAAUCGCAAUACUUGACCCCACAAUAUUGUGCCGAAAAAUAUCACGAUACUACACUGUAUGGAUUUUUUCUCCGUCCUCUAUAUAGGAGACAUACAAAUAGGAGACUACUAUAUCAUAUAAAGGAAUUUGCUGCAGAAGUGCAUUCAAACCAAACCACAUUUCUUUCUCUUAUCUCUGAUUAGUUAUUUUGUCAAAUCCCAGAAGAGUCUAUGAUGAGAGUUGAGGCUCGAUUUAACCUAUCAGUGCGCAAUCAUGCAUUUGCAAUUCGGUCAGCAGGUAGCCUGCCUACUUGGUCCAAGAUAAUUUCUCACGGCUCUGAUCUUGGGCUAAUUGAUUUAAAUGCCUGUACUGCAUAGCUUGCUAAAUCAAGCAUUUCAGAAGCCUGUCCGUGGACAUUGGUGGACAUUCUUUUUUCACAGACACGCAUUUAAAUUCUUCAGUCCAGACUGGGCCACGACACUGGAGUACAAAAGAAAAUACACUUUACAAGCACGUUUGUAAACUACAGAUCCACAAGACAACAUUAUUUGAUUUUGUCUCAGAUUUUCUAAGUCUAUGUUAAGUUGUCUGACAUGAUUGGAAUGUUUCACACAAGGUCUUAAUUGACUUGUUAAAAUGAAUCAGUCGCGUUUUUUUGUCUUCUUUCUUAGCGCAACAGAUGCUUGAGGAAGCUGUUACCAAUCACUCAAGGUAGACCGACAAGACAUUACCGGGGGGAAGGGGGGAAUGUCAGGAGGAGAGACGGGGCGGACUUCAAAGACAGUAGCGCUCUGCUACAAACCGGAUCUCUCUCUCUCUCCCUGAGAAUGAUAUUUUGGAUUACAUUAGGCUACCGUACUGAAGUAGAACGCUUGCUGUUUACCAAUCCAUGCAAACGUAGUUUUGUAGUAUUUUAGGUGAAAGAAAGAAAAAUUGAAGCCCCUCUCGGCGCGCGUUAAAACUGGAGGUGGUUUUACAUUGCUGUCAGAUGUCCAAGUUUGUUUUGACACGGAUUCCUGAACCGUACUUAACUUGACGUUAUGUAGCCAGAUAAUUAGAGAAGCAGCAACGUCUGUAAUUUAGUCUAAAUUGCAUAGACCAAGCUUUCUGUGUGUCACUGGUCGUCUAGACUCUUCCAUAAUGUCAUGGGCUAAAAUGAUAUUGGCAUUAAUUGCCGUCAGCAUCGGAAUAUGUCACAGCUUUCCAAAUUACAAAUACGAGGAUAUUGACGAGGAUCUCGCCACCUUUGAUUAUUAUCGAGCCAUGGUUGAAAUGGAUGAGAGGAAUUCUACAGACUGUGACGAGUGUGUACCACAGCUUUGUCCGCAGACAGCUGGCUGUCGAGCGGGUGUUGUUCUGGAUAGCUGCAACUGUUGCUUGGAAUGUGGGAACCUUGAGGGCCAAACGUGUGAUCUGGAUGACAGAAAUGUGUACUACGGUUUGUGCGGUUCUGACCUCGAGUGCAAGCUCGACUCGGCGGAGCCGGUGGAUGGCGAGGCACCGGAGCCGCAGUGUGUGUGUGGAUCGCAAGAGCCCUUGUGCGGUUCGGACGGAAAGAUUUACAUGAAUAUUUGCAAAUACAAAGAAGCUAAGUUUUCUGACCCGACGCUCAACGUAACCACAGGCCCUUGCAAAACAGUCCCUACCAUCAAGGUACCACCACACAACCAUGUGAACGUGACGGGAAGCAGCAUGGCGCUCCUGUGCGAGGUCUUUGCCUAUCCCAUGGCCCUGGUGGAGUGGAAGAAGGACGGCCGGGAUGUCAUCCUUCCUGGAGAUGACCCGCACAUCUCUGUCCAGUCUCGCGGAGGCCCCCAGAAGUACGAGCUGUCCAGCUGGCUCCAGAUCGAGGAGGCCACUCAGAUGGACUCGGGCACCUACCGCUGUGUGGCCCGUAACGAGCUCGGCAGCGUCUCUGCCUCAGCCAUUUUAGGGGUCCUGCCCCCAGAUGAAAUGUCUACUUACGUGGACAACAUGAAAGAGAUGCUGGGAUACGAGGUGUCAAAAGACUACGGUGAAGACUAUUACUGAGAUAAAAGAACAGUCAAAAAUCAAAAAACGCUUUCAAAUGAAGAUGUUCCCCAGUGGAAGUACAGAGAAACUUGUUGGUUUAUCAACAGAACAAUCAUCAACAAUGCAGGGCUUGCCUCUUCCAAGACCAUCUGAUCUAAGCACUGAGGGCUCACACAAGUCAUACUAAGCAUACCAUCUGGAAUAAGGUUUUUUUUAUUUUCAUUUUUCAUUUUGUUUUAUGUAUGUGUAUAACUAUGAAGAAUGGCUCGCCGCAGGGAGGAAAGCUUUCUGAGAAGUGCCACGGUCAGCGUGUGUCCCACAAGGACAGCAACGCAAACGUUUGAUGAUGGCACGGACUGGUGGUGGCAGAGCCCUUGGCACACACACACACACACACACACACACACACACACACACACACACACACACACACACACACACACACACACACACACACACACACACACACACACACAAACAGAGACACACAAUCUGUGUGGCGCCCGGCGUAUGCAAGUGCUAGGGCAGCUGUGUCUCAACACCCGCGGCGAUGAAAGCCUCCAUUGUUUUACAGGCUGCCUCCAUCACAGUCCCCUUUUCUGACCGACUAUAAAACACGGACUUCUUCAGAACUGUGAACCUUUCUAGCACAUUCCAAGUGAUGGGACAAGAAGAAGAAGAAAGAACCCCUGCUGUCUUCUAUGUUAUUAUUAUUACUAUUAUAAUGUUUUUCAAUUUCUGUCCUUAGAACAACGUUUGGCUAUCUGUUUCAGCCCCCCCUCUGUGCCUUAUGUUGGCAUAAUGUACAAAUGCCAUCUUGGAUUUAUUGAGGAAAACCUUAGUUCAUCCUUUUCCUCUUCCCCCAUUCCCGUUUCCCGGAGAGGAACGUAUUUCAAGCUCUGCGUUUAUAUAUUUUUCCACAUUUAUCCAUAUGUACUCCUGUUACACACUGAAUGUGUGAGUUUGUGCGUGUGUGUACAUGUUUUUUUUACAUGUGUGUAAGUGUGUCUGUGUGGAUUGCAGUGUGUGCGCUUAUGUGAAACACAUGUAUGUGAGAGUAUGGUUAUGUGUCUGUGUGUAUAUGUGUGUUUGUGUUUACAUGUGAUAAAGCACUCAAAUGGAAGAGUAGGCAAAAUGGUUGUUGUGUGUUUAUCUUUUGUGUGUGAUUGUGUUUGUUUGUCUAAGUCCCUCUCUCUAUCUCUCUUUCUGUAGUGUG